AUGGCGACGCUACCUCUUCACAAGGAAGAUGUCUUUGAAGACUCAGAGAAGCCCCGGUGGGCAAACGCACAUCCACGAGCAAGCCGAAACACCAUGAUAUGGCGCUACUUUGUUGUCGUUAGCUUUCUGUUCGGUUACUACCUGCUCCUGAGACCGACCGAAUCGCCAUGUACAUCGCUUAACUGUUCUACAAAAUGCGAUACUGCUGCUACGUGCGCUGCACGAGAUGCUUCCAUUGAAACUUCCACAUCCCUACAGUCCGACCAGUCGCAAGACGAGAACAUCGAACUGGAGCAUUACGAACAACCUCCAGCGAGCCAGCGCCCUCUAGUUGUUUCUACAGAAGUCAUCGAGAAUCGAAUUCCACUUGAAGCACAUAUCAUGAGCAAAUGCCCAGAUGCCAAGGAUUGUCUACAAAAGCUGGUGCUGCCAGCUAUGGAGCAAAUCAGCGAUAAGGUCGACUUCAAGCUCUCCUUUAUUGCUAGAGUAUCCGAAAAAUCAUCUGAAAUCGAGUGUAAACAUGGCCCUGGCGAAUGCAUUGGUGAUAUGCUCAUCCUAUGCGCUGCCAACCUGCCCUUCCCUCCAACGACGAAUGAAUCACUUUUGCCGCAAUCCUACCCCCGUACACCCAUUAUCUGCUCAUUGGGGUUCGCAAACUGCCUUAUAAAUGACUUCCAGUUUAUUCCAGACCGCGAGUUUGUCCAUGAGUGUGCGAUGGAGCACGGUAUCGAUUUCGAUGCCUUGAACAGAUGUGCCAGCCAACAAGAUGAUAACCCUAGCGGUGGGGGCCAGGGAGAUCCACCACUUAGUGGUGUUGUACUCCUGCGCGAAUCUGCCCUUCGCAGCGAAGAACUCGGGGUUCGGACCAGCUGCACUGUGCGAUUAGACGAAUCGGUCUGGUGCAUUCGUGAUGAUGGUGAAUGGAGGGAUUGUGUUGAGAACGGUGAUGGUGCUAACCCCCAGACCCUUAUUGCCCAAGUCAACAAGCUCUGGGAAGAGCGAAAUUAA